CUCGCUUCCUUUUUGGCGCUACACGAGGACGGACAUCAACACACUUUUCUUGCUUGCAAUACUGCGUUGUUGUUUUUUUUUUUUACGACGAGGAUUAAGAUCUGAUAAGAAUAUUUCUUGAUCUAAAUCUAAUAUGGAAGUCGGAAAAAUAGUGGAAGUCCUUAGGGCAACUCUUGACCCGAAUCAGCGUGAGCAAGCAGAGCAGCAGCUAACAGAUGUUCAUAAAAUUAUUGGCUUUGCUCCUACAUUAUUACAAGUUGUGAUGACAGAUCAAGUUGAUAUGCCUGUCAGACAAGCAGGUGUAAUUUACUUGAAAAAUAUGUUAACCCAGUACUGGAUGGAACGUGAACCAGAAUGUGUGACUGAUCCUAUUCCAUUUAACAUUCAUGAACAAGAUAGACAACCCAUUAGAGACAAUAUCAUUGAAGCAAUUAUUCAUGCACCUGAACCAGUCAGGGUACAACUUUGUGUCUGCUUAAGUCAUUUGAUAAAAAAUGAUUUUCCCCAACGUUGGCCCAAUGUAGCUGAGAAAAUGGCUGUCUACAUCAAUUCUGAUAAUCAUGCCACAUGGAUGGGAGCAUUACUUUCUGUGUAUCAAUUUGUCAAAGUCUUUGAGUAUAAAAGGAGUGAAGAGCGUCAAACAAUGGAUGACACAAUGACCCAUAUGCUGCCAAUACUAUACCAGCGUUUGAUACAGCUAGCUGCAGAUAGCUCAGAAGCUUCUUGCCUUUUACAAAAACAGAUUCUAAAAAUUUUUUAUGCAUAUACACAGAAUUAUUUACCAGUUUCUGUAUUAACAAGAGAAAUUUUCACUCAUUGGAUGGAAGCAAUAAGACUUAUUGUGGAUAAAGACAUUCCACUUGAAACCAAUCAAAUUGAUGAAGAAGACAGACCAGAAUUAGCUUGUUGGAAACUUAAAAAGUGGGCUGUUAGGAUUCUUUCAAGGUUAUUUGAACGCUAUGGAAGUCCGGGUAAUGUUAUCAAGGAAUACACAGAAUUUUCUGAGUGGUAUCUCAAAACAUUUUCUUGUGGUGUUCUUAAUGUGCUUUUGAAACUGUUAGAGGGUUACAGGCAAAAAAUGUUUGUCGCACCUCGUGUACUGCAGCAGACACUUAAUUAUAUAAAUCAGGGAAUAAGCCAUGCUUUAUCAUGGAAGUUUAUUAAGCCACACAUACAGACUAUGAUUCAGGAUGUGAUCUUUCCUCUCAUGUGUCACAGUGAUGAAGAUGAAGAGCUGUGGUCAUCAGAUCCCCAUGAGUAUAUCAGAGUCAAGUAUGAUGUGUUUGAAGAUUUCCUGUCACCUGUUAUGGCAGCUCAGACAGUUUUUCAUUCUGCUACUGCUAAACGUAAAGAGGUCUUAAAUAAGGCUAUGGGAUUUUGUAUGUCUAUUUUGACCAGUCCCACAUCUACUUCUAGACAAAAGGAUGGUGCGCUUCAUAUGGUUGGGGCUGUUGCUGAAGUGUUGCUAAAGAGAAAAAUCUAUAAAGAGCAAGCUGAACAAAUGCUGACAACUCAUGUAUAUCCAGCUUUCAAUAGUGAACAUGGCUUUCUUCGAGCUAGGGCUUGCUGGGUUGUCAGAUAUUUCUCUGAGAUGAAGUUUCGUAAUGAUCAAAAUCUUGUGGCUGCAGUUGAACUGGUCAAGACAGCACUAUGCACAGAUAAAGAUUUACCUGUUAGAGUGGAAGCAGCAAUAGCACUUCAGAUGCUUAUAUCUGAACAAGAGAAAGCAAGAAACUACAUCCAGCCUUAUGUGAAGCCUGUUAUCCUCGAGCUGCUUCAAAUCAUACGUGAAACUGAGAAUGAUGAUUUAACUGGAGUUAUGCAGAAAUUAGUGUGCACAUAUGUGGAAGAUGUCAUCCCUAUAGCUGUAGAGAUGAUGUCUCACCUUGCUCAAACAUUUGCCCAAGUCAUAGAAUCUGAUAGUGAUGGUUCAGAAGAAAAAGCUAUCACUGCUCUUGGUAUUAUUAAUACAAUGGAGACUAUUUUGAAUGUAAUGGAGGAUCAAAAGGAUAUCAUUAUCCAACUUGAAGGAAUAGUUUUAAGUGUGAUUGGUAUAAUCCUUCAAAGCAGCAUUAUGGACUUUUAUGAGGAAGUAUUUUCACUGAUCUAUAGCUUAACAAGUUCACAGAUUUCUCAUCAUAUGUGGGAAGUAUUUAGAAUGAUAUAUGAGAUGUUUCAGAAGAAUGGCAUAGACUAUUUUACAGAUAUGAUGCCAGCCUUGCAUAAUUACAUCACUGUUGAUACAGAUGCUUUCCUGGCAAAUCCUAACAAUUUGGAGAUAAUCUAUAACAUGUGUAAAACUGUUUUGAGCACUGAUGUUGGAGAAGAUGCUGAGUGUCAUGCUGCUAAACUUCUAGAAGUGAUUUUGUUACAGUGUCCUGGGAAAGUUGACCAUGUUUUGGGAUCUUUUGUUGAACUAGUUUUGCAGAGACUGACAAAAGAGGUUUUGACAUCAGAGCUUCGAACAAUUUGUUUACAGGUUGUGAUUGCUGGACUGUACUACAACACACCACUUCUGUUAGAUAUAUUAAGUAAGAUGCAAAUAGCUAAUAUUCAAGGCUCUAUUCUUGGACAGUUUUUAAAGCAGUGGUUGCAUGAUACAGAUUGCUUUCUUGGUCUCCAUGACAGAAAGAUGAGUGUGCUAGGCCUUUGUUCACUUAUGAAUUUGUUAGGUCAGAGGCCACCAGAAAUCAUGGAGGUUGCUCCCCAAAUUUUGCCAGCUGUUCUUCUUCUCUUUCAGGGCCUGAAGCGAGCUUAUGCUAGUCGUGCUCUUGAGGAUGAAAGUGAUUCUGAAGAUUCAGAUGAUGAUGAUGAUGAGAAUUAUGAUGGAGAAAUUUUAUCAAGUGAUGAAGAUGAAAUAGAUGAAACUAGCCAGCAGUAUUUGGAACGCAUAGAGAAAGCACAUGGAGAUGAUGAUAGUGAGGAGUUGACAGAUGAUGGAGCUGAGGAAACACAAUUAGAAUCCUAUGUAACUGUUUUAGAUAAAGAAAAUUGCCCUAUAGAUGAAUAUGUGACGUUUAAAAAUAUUUUAACAACACUCCCUAUUCAAGAUAGUGCAUGGUAUCAAGCUCUGAUGAGUGGAUUAAACCCAAAUCAACUGAAAGAAAUUGAAGAUGUGUUUAAACUUGCUGAGCAGAGAAAGGCAGUUGCCGAUUCCAAAAAGAUUGAAGAAGGUGGUGGCUACAUGUUUACAAAUAGACAGGUGCCAACAUCAUUCAACUUUGGUGCAGCUUAAGUUCAGCAACUCAAGCAUUAGUUAAUCUGGGAACUGUCAUGUCUUUUAAUGUUGACCACACAGAACAUCUUGUCAAGAUUCAAUAUUUUUUUUUACUGACUUAUAUAAUUUAGAUAAACUAAAACAGUUUCAUGAUAAAGUUGUAAGGUCUAUGUGUGCAUAAUUAUAUUUUUUAAACAUUUACUCUAAGUCUAAAAAAAUAUAUUUCACUUGAGAUUCAAUUUUAUUUCCUUGUUCAGUCAAAUUACACCGCCUUUGUUUAGAUCAUUUAGGAUUAUCUAUAAAGUUACUUAGGAAAUGAUCAUGUAGUAUUUUUAAUAUCACAUUUAUGAAGCAUAGUAAUUUUUUAAAAAAUAGUAGUCAUUAGGUGAGUUGUUUUUUUUAAACUACAAAAAAAAAACUUUUAACCCUUUCUUUGGAUGCCUCAGCAUUCAGAGAUGUUUGCUCAAGUAGUCAAGAAUGCAAAACUGAAAUUGUGUAGAGAUCUUCUACCACUGGUGGAACCAUUUUGUUCACUUGUGGCCUUUAAAUUGUAUUUACUUUGCUUUUUCAAGCAUUGCUUUUCAAUGCUUUUGAUUGAUUGUAUGUACUGUCUAGUUUGUGUGCUCUUUUGACCUAGAGCAGCGUUGAGAUCACGUUGCCCCUUUGUGUUCUUGACUCCCCUCCCCCCAGCAUAGACUGUGAUAGAGACAGAUAGACUUAUCUAUCUUCUCAGACUUGGUGCACAUUGUGCCUUAAUCUCAUUUGCACCAAACUGACUGACUAUUGAAUCAUUAGCAUCCUUUUCAUGAGACAGUCAACUAAGAUGGGGUCAGUGACUUGGCCCACCUCUAUCUGCCCAGAGAUAAUGUGUGUGAAGAAAUAACACUGCUAAAUCUUUGCCUUGGAUGCAGUGAGUGUCCUUCAUCUCCCUCACAUGAUCCAAUGUUUACUCAAGCCUCCCAUGUUCAGCACUACAGCUGUUUUCAAACACUACCGCUACUUUGUUUCUAGUAGACCUAUUGUCUAGGUGACAUGAUACCAAACUACCAUCUGCUCUGAGACUGAACUUCGCAGGCUCUAUGCAUGUCCAAUUAACAUUGUUCACAGAAUUAUAGAUAACGCACUUACUUGGCUUUUUAGUGCCUAAAAAGUAGAAUUUAUUUAACACUUUCAUGGUUCAGAAAAACUUCUCCAAACGAUGUCCGCAUCAUCUCUAGGAAAGCAGCGUCAUUCACAUUUAUAUCUAGUCAUUUUUUUUUUGUUCAAUUACUAAUGGUUAGUACAUGUUACACUGAUCACUGUAGUGUACCGGGUACAGGAUAUGCUUCUAACAACCUUAAGUUGAUGUAAGCCACUUACCAUACCAUAAAAACAUCAUUAACAAAAAUUGUACCAGAAAUGUUUCUAGAUGAAUUCUUUGGACUCUAGCCAGAGAUGAGUACCCUAAACCUAUCAUAACCAUCUUUGUGUGUAAUUUGUGUGUAUUUACCUAGACUGAUAGUGACAAUAAACUUGGACAGCUC